CUCACAUUUGACGCGUCGACACCUUCACACCUAAAUCACAGUUGAAAGAGAUAUGUCAUCGCCUCCACCUCUCUCUUUCCCUACCAGCGAGCCUGAUCAUGAGAAUGAAGCUGUGAGAACCCCAAGGAGGUCGCCCAAGAAGCGCUUGCUCUUUGGCACACCUACACCUCAACGGAACGGAAGUCAGCCUAUGAGUGCGGGCGAUGUUGCGAGACGCGCUUUGCGUAUGUCCACCCCUCGGAACCGUGGAACACAAAUGAGUGAUGAUUCACAGCUUGCAUUCCCUGACUCGUCUCCAGUCCGUCAGAGGACAGCUAGUCGCAGAGGUGAUAACGUGCCGCUCUUUCAGUCUCCAACAACGAGUGCUCGCUCGACACCACGAAUUCGUCGCGGUGACAUUCGUCCUUCUACGUCCACUCCACUGUUCCACUCCUCUCAAUCUCGUCAGGCAGCACGUCAGGGAGUCCCUCCCUCAUCAGAGGGUGAUCCGCUCUUCCCAACGUCCAGUGCGGCGUUGUCUGCGCAAGUGCCUCCUUCAGAUAACGCAGACGAUGCUGUUAAAGUUAUUUGGGGAACCAAUGUUUCCAUCAUGAGCACCAUGACCGCCUUUGCCGAUUUUUUGGCUAACUUCAAAGUCAAGUACCGCAUCAAGCACGAUCGGGAGAAUGGUUUCCCUUGGCCUGCUCUUCCUGAUCCUGAGAUGGGCGAACGAACCCUCUACGGGGAGUAUCUUAGGAAGAUGAGACUUACCUCCCAAUCAAGUCUAAACCUCGAUGCUGUCAAUCUUCUUGCGUACCCUCCCACAGCGAAACUUUACAAGCAACUCAUAAACUAUCCUCAGGAGGUUAUCCCUAUUAUGGAUCAAGUCCUUCGCGAGGCGGUUGUUGGGACGGUCGAGGAGGAGUUUAAUGAGGAGACGGACGAUGAGAAGAAGGAAUCACUUCAGCAAGAGUUGGAUGAAAUGACCCUUCGAGUGUACAUGGUUCGACCUUUUAAUAUCCCCACUGUUAACAUGAGAGAUUUGAACCCUGGAGAUACGGACAAGCUUGUCAGCAUUAAAGGUCUCGUUAUCCGAGCGACUCCUGUCAUCCCUGAUAUGAAGCAAGCCUUUUUCCGCUGCUUGACUUGCUUGCACACUAUGCAGGUCGAAAUAGACAGGGGCCGAAUAAGCGAGCCACAAGCUUGUCCUCGAGAUGUCUGUGCCGCUGUUGGCAUGAUGUCUCUCAUUCAUAACCGAAGUCUAUUCGCGGAUCGCCAAGUGAUCAGGUUGCAGGAGACACCAGAUGUUGUGCCUGAUGGACAAACGCCCCAUACUGUCUCACUCUGUGUUUACGAUGAACUCGUGGAUAUUGCCAAACCUGGUGAUCGAAUCAUCGUUACGGGGGUCUUCCGCGCGGUCCCAGUUCGCGUCAAUCCAAAGCAACGUGUAGUCAAAUCGCUUUUCAAAACUUAUAUUGACAUUGUCCACAUUCACCGCGGAGAUGCCAAGCGAUUGGGGUUUGAUAAGAGUACGCGUGACGAUGAGACAAAGGUCCCAGGAGUCUCUGGUGCUCAAGGUGUAGGCGUUGGUGGCGACUUGGCUGACGAGUUGGAGAUUGGAGUCGAUCAACCGACAAAGGAGGGCCAAACGCGAAGUGCGAUGCUUGAAGAUACUAUUCAGCAGCUCAGUCAGCGCGAGGACUUGUAUGAUCUCUUAGCGAGGUCCCUUGCACCGUCUAUUUGGGAGAUGGACGAUGUAAAGAAGGGGAUUUUGUUGCAACUCUUCGGAGGAACGAACAAGAAUGUGGAGAAUGGGGGUGGUGGUGGUGGUCCGCGGUAUCGUGGUGAUAUCAACGUUCUCCUUGUUGGUGAUCCUGGUACGAGUAAAUCACAAAUCCUUCAUUACGUCAAUAAGAUUGCUCCUAGAGGGGUUUAUGCCUCCGGAAAAGGCUCUUCUGCUGUUGGUUUGACGGCUUAUGUUACACGAGAUCCAGACACGAAGCAAUUGGUGCUUGAAAGCGGCGCUCUUGUUCUAAGUGAUGGAGGGGUAUGCUGUAUCGACGAAUUCGACAAAAUGGCGGACGCCACUCGGAGUGUGCUUCAUGAAGUAAUGGAACAACAAACGGUUUCCAUUGCCAAAGCUGGCAUCAUCACAACACUCAACGCUCGUACAUCAGUUCUCGCAGCAGCCAAUCCGGUCUUGUCCAAGUACAAUCCUAAUUGGCCCGUAGCGCGCAAUAUCAAUCUGCCACCAAGUUUAAUUUCGCGGUUUGAUUUGCUCUACUUGGUUCUUGACCGUGUAGAUGAGGCGCUUGAUAGACGACUGGCACAGCAUUUGGUUGGAUUGUAUCUUGAAGAUACUCCAACGCGAACGGGACAAGAUACUAUCCCCGUCGAGACGCUCACCGCCUAUAUCAACUACGCUCGUACAAACGUUCAACCGGUGAUCACGGAAGACGCUGGAGAAGAGCUCAUCACUGCCUACGUCGCCAUGCGUCGUGUUGGUGAAGACUCCCGUAGCCAAGAAAAACGUAUCACCGCAACGACACGUCAAUUGGAAUCCCUCAUUCGCUUAAGCGAGGCUCAUGCUCGAAUGCGCCUAUCUCCGUUCGUGGAGGUAUCAGAUGUGUCUGAAGCAACUCGACUGAUGCGAGAGGCCAUCCGGGCUAGUGCUACCGAUCCGCUCACAGGAUUGAUCGAUAUCGACCUAUUGAAUACGGGCGCUGGCCAACAACAACGAAGACUGAGGAGUGACCUUCAGAGAGAGGUGGUUAAUAUGCUGGAUGCACUUGGAGCCAAUAGGUCUUUGAGAUGGGCUGAUGCGUUGAAGCAGUUGGGCGAGCAGAGUAGUAUUACCAUUGAUCCGAUCGAGUUUGCGGAGAUCAUUAAGGCAUUGGAAAAUGAGGGGAGUGUGAAGGUCGUAGGGGAACGUGAAAAGAGGACAAUCAGGAAGAUUAGGAGUUAGGCGACUAGCGGUUAAUUAAUCAUGGGUCCGUAUAGGCAGACUUCUUUGGCAUAUCUUAGUUGGAUGGUUUGAUGGUUUGAUGCGAGCGGUUCUUAGAUAUGUGCUGUAUUGGGUUGCUUAUUAUGUGCCUUUCUAUGUGUGUUUGUAUGUAAAAUAUUACGCGUUUGAUAUCAUUCCUUUG